UUGGCUGCAGGUUUCGCAUACACGCAGUCUUAUCGCCAAACGUGAAGAUAAGUCUUCAUUUAUUUUACCCAAUGUAUCCUCUGUUGGUUCUUGUGCGAGUUUUGAAGCGUUCAAACAUUGAUAACGCGUAACGUAGAUAGAUUGCCAUAUUUUAAAAUCUUGCAUUUGAAGCUUCAUUUUAUCAGUGUAAAUUGCAUUUUAUUUGAAAAAGUCGUGUCCUAAUUAAGUUAUUUAGCGAUUAAUGCGAAUUUCAACCGGUUCGAUAUUCGUGUAUUGGUGUCGUGCAACUUUAAACUUCUAGAAUGAGACGUGUAUAAAUUUACCUGAUAAAGAAAAACUUCGAAUAUAGAUACAACAAUGGAUGAUCCAGCGAUCGGGAUUGACUUAGGAACAACGAACUCGUGUGUUGGUGUUUUCCAACAUGGCAAAGUUGAAAUUAUCGCUAACGAUCAAGGUGAAAGAAUCACGCCGAGCUGCGUCGCUUUCACAGAUAUCGAAAUCUUAAUUGGAAAGGCAGCUAAAAAUCAGUGCACUAGGAAUCUGAAUAAUACCGUUUUCGAUGUUAAAAGACUUAUGGGUCGUAAAUUCGACGAUGAUACCGUUCAGAGCGAUAUGAAGCGGUGGCCUUUUCAGAUCAUUGAUGAUAAGAACAAGCCGAAAAUCAAAGUUGAAUUACAAGGCACUUCUAAAACGUAUUUUCCCGAAGAGAUAUCUGCGAUGGUGUUACGAAAAAUGAAAGAGACAGCCGAAGCUUACCUAGACAAAACGGUUAAAAAUGCUGUAAUCACUGUGCCAGCCUAUUUCAACGAUUCUCAAAGAGCAGCUACCAUAGAUGCUGCCACAAUUGCUGGUUUAAACGUAUUACGUAUUAUUAAUGAACCCACCGCUGCCACCAUCGCUUACGGUCUAGAAAAACAAGAUUCCGGAGUUCACAAUGUAUUAAUUUUUGAUCUCGGCGGAGGAACUUUCGACGUCUCCAUUUUAACACUCCAUAAUGGUACUUUUGAAGUGAUUUCAACUACCGGAGAUACUCACUUGGGUGGCGAAGAUUUUGAUAACAGAAUGGUCGAUUAUUUCAUCGGAGAAUUCAAACGUAAACACACUAAAGACCUCAGUAAAAACAAAAGAGCUUUACGCCGUCUACGAACCGCCUGCGAGGCAGCGAAGAGAACUUUAUCGUCGGCUAAUGUAGCUGAUAUUGAAAUCGAAGCUCUUUACAAUGGUAUUGAUUUCUACACGUCGAUUACUCGUGCUUGUUUUGAAGAAUUAAACGCUGAUUAUUUUCGGAACGCAAUGAAAUUAGUAGAAAAGGCGAUUGAAGAUGCUAAAAUGGACAAAACUCAAAUCCAUCACGUCGUUUUAGUUGGUGGCUCGUCUCGCAUCCCGAAAAUUCAGAAAUUGUUGCAAGAUUUAUUCGAUGGGAAAAAAUUAAAUAAAUCCAUCAAUCCGGACGAAGCUGUAGCCUAUGGAGCUGCUGUACACGCUGCCAUACUAAUCGGUGACAAAUCGAAGCUAGUGAAAGAUGUGGUGUUAUUCGACGUCACGCCUUUGUCAUUAGGUAUUAAUGAUGGUAUUAACAAUAGAAUGGCCGUGGUCAUUGAACGUAACACGCCCAUUCCAACUAGAAAAACCAGAGAUUUCACCACAUUAGACGAUAAUAUAACCUCUCUGUGUUUCAAAGUGUUCGAAGGAGAAUAUGCAUUGUCGAAGGAUAAUCAUUUACUCGAUAUGCUCACUCUUACUGGCAUCCCUCCAGCACCUGUUGGUGAACCUAGAGUCCAUGUAACUUUCGAAAUCGACGCCAAUGGUAUCUUAAAAGUAACCGCCGUUGAAAAAUCGACCGGUAGCUCGAAUCAAAUUACCAUCAAAUACGAUAGAAAUCGUCUCAGCAAGGACGAAAUUGAUCGCAUGAUUAAUGAUGCUGAAGAUUAUCGAGCCAAAAAUAAAAAACGAAAAGCUACACUAAACGCCAAAAAGUCUUUGGAAUCAUACUGUGCCAGUGUAAUUAGCAUCGUGAAGGAUAAAAAAUGGACUGAUAAGAUUGAUGAAUUCGAUAAAGACGUGAUUUUGAAAAAAUGCGAAGAAACCAUUGCCCGGUUGAAUUCUGAUCAGUUUGCUGAGAAAGAGCAAUAUGAGAGUAAACAAGAAGAAUUGCAAAACAUAUUUGAUAUAAUCAUUUCGAUAGCUAAGUUCCCUUAUAAAAAGUAUGACAAAUACUACGAAAUAUUGAAAGUGUCAAAAGAUGCCUCCGAAGAUGAAAUCAGGAAUGCCUUCAGGGAAAUAGCCUCCAAAUUUCACCCUGACAAGUAUCAAGGAGACAAGGAAAUAGGAAUUAUGUAUUGGCUUACGUUUAUGAAAGCGAAAGAUGGUCUUAUUAAUUUAGUAAACGGAAUAUUUGGGAAUUAAUCAACUCCAGCGCUUGAAAGUACGAGUACCUAUCUACCUAUAGCAUCGCCAUUCGCCAAUAAAUUACCUAUGCUUCAUCGUUUUUCUGUUUCCGGCGCCACUUUUUCCAAUUUAAGGUGAAUUCGAGAACCUGAAAAUAUUUCAUCUUCAACGAAAUUUAAUAAAUUGUUUUUGCAGAUUCCAAAGGUUACUUAUUUUAAUAUCUGUACGGAGCUUUAUUUUUUGAUUUAUUGGUGGUGAUGUGUCUGCGAUUAAAUUAGUGAUAUCUGUGAUAUAAUAUUUUUCUAUUUACCUAUGUAAUGUAUUUUUAUAAUGUAACAUAUUUUUAUAUUUUAUUGUUCUUACUUGUAUUCUGAUUUUUUCCAAGAAAAGAUAGAUAUGCCUAAUUAGUGAAUGUAUAAUACUUACUUGUAAAAUCGUGUACGUGAUAAUAGGAAUAUGUAAUACUUAAGUACUGGUGCGGUAUUCUUUAGUUUGCAACUGCAUUAUUGAUUGUAAAAAUAUUUCUGUUCAAAAAACCUAUGAAUGUA